AGAUUUCUUUCCUGUGGUUCUUUCAUUCUUACGGCAAGUUCCUAUGGUAGGAACGUUUCUAAGUUUACCUUACAUCAGAGGAUUGAAGAAUAAUAAGUCUGGAUCUCCUAGAGGAGGGAUGUUUGGUGAAGUUAAAGAAUCGAUUUGCUGGCAAACACCGCAACAGAUCUGUACUGGAAGUGCACCCAUACCUCAUCAGCGCAAGUGGAGUCAACUCACAAGCUACAAAUGGACGUGGGGGCUCCCUGGAGAAGAUACAUCACUGCUUAAUGCCGCCCCAUAUCCUCCCAUCACUUGCUCAUUUGUCUCUUCUGGGCUUCGACUCCACAAGUCUCGUGACUCCGAAACCAAGGGGGAGGAUUGUCUGCAUUGCCCUCGCUCCCCACAAGGACCUUGA